GUCCAGCACAUUCACCCUGUGACCUACAGCCACAGAGGGAAAUGGAGGGAACCAGGAUAAAGAAAGGGGGAAACAACGAGACGGAUAAGAGAGAUGAUGAAGUGGUGUGCCUUCGGAGGCAGAUCGGACUGCUGCCCGCCGUGUCCUUCAUCAUUGGGACUAUGGUGGGCAGUGGGAUUUUCAUUGCACCGAAAGGAGUCCUGAUGAACAGUGGCAGCGUGGGGUUAUCUCUGCUGGUGUGGGUGCUAUGUGGCGUCCUUUCUCUCUUUGGAGCCCUGUGUUAUGCAGAACUGGGCACCACUUUUACAAAAUCAGGGGGUCACUACACAUACCUGCUGGAGACUUUGGGGCCUCUGCCUGCCUUCCUACGACUCUGGGUUGAGUUUGUAUUCAUCAGGCCAGCUGUUGCGUCUUAUGUCUCCCUUGCCUUUGGUCGUUAUGUGGUGGAGCCAUUCUUCACACCCUGUGCUGCUCCCACAGUGCUCAUCAGACUUGUCGGUAUCCUUGGAGUGACGUUUGUCAUAGCCGUCAAUUGCUGGAGUGUGAACAUGGCCUCUCGCACUCAGGUCACCUUGACUUUCAUUAAAAUUUUUGCCGUGGCCCUCAUCAUCAUCCCAGGGUUCAUUGCACUGGCCAAAGGGAGGACAGAAAAUUUUCAGAAUGGUUUCGAGGUUGAUUUGUUAACACUGGAUAAGUUGCCACUGGCCUUCUAUAGCGGCCUCUAUGCCUAUGGUGGAUGGUUUAAUUUGAACUUCAUCACAGAAGAAGUCAUAAACCCUAAUAGAAACAUGCCACUGGCAAUAAUCUUGUCCAUUGUGGCAGUGACAGUCUUUUAUGUGCUUAUUAAUGUGGCCUACUACACCAUAAUGACUCCCGCUGAGGUGCUUCUGUCAGAUGCUGUGGCUGUGACAUUUGCCAACCAUGCUUUUCAGGGGUUGGCUCCUGUGAUCCCCAUUCUUGUUGCCAUAUCUUGUCUUGGAACACUUAACGGUGGCUUCUUUGGGGCACCUAGGAUGCUGUUUGUGGGAGCCAGGGAAGGCCACUGGCCAGCCAUCUUUUCCAUGAUUCACAUCCGCAGACACACACCUUUACCUGCUGUGUUGUUCCUGUACCCCUUGGUAAUUUUUAUGUUAAUCACUGGAGAGAUUUACCAGCUCCUCAACUUUGCCUCCUUUUCACGCUGGCUCUUCAUCGCCUUGGCAACCUUGGGGAUGCUCAUACAUCGAUAUCGUUUUCCUCUCCACCCAAGACCUUUUAAGGUGCCCUUGGUCAUUGGAAUCGCCUUCACAAUGGUCUCCUUCUUCAUUGUGGGUCUGUCUCUUUACUCUGACCCCUGGAACACAGGACAAAGUUGUGCUCUAACACUGACUGGUGUUCCAGUUUACUAUGCUACUGUCUACCGCUUUCGUUUGCCGCGUAGAUGCAGGCGCAUAUUUGACUACUGCAGCAAACAGCUACAGAUCCUUCUAGAAGUGGCUCCACAGGAAGUCCAGACUUACUGAAGACCAAAAAGGCGUCCUGCAUUCUACUUGCAGACUACACGGAUACUACCUGGACAAAACAUUAAGAAGACAUUUUUAACAGUUUAAACAAAUGUUUCAAUUUGUACUACUUUUAUAUAAAGAGCCACGUGUUUAGAGAAACUAACUGCACUAAUUAUGCAGGUAUGUAGUGUUUAUACCGGAGGCCUUACAAAAAAAAAA